UAUAACCCCGAGCUGCCCCGAGGAGAUGAAGGUGCUCCCCGCUUCGGGCCUGGCUCUGCUGCUCACCACGGCUCUCAAGUUCUCCACGGCAGCCCCCUCCCUAUUUGCAGCCACCCCCAGGACCUCACGGAACAACUACCGCCUCGCACAGGCGUAUCUUGACAAGUAUUACACCAGGAAGGCAGGGCCCCAGGUUGGCGAGAUGGGGGCGCCAGGAGGCAGAGCCCUGGUCAAGAAGAUCAAGGAGCUGCAAGCCUUCUUCGGCCUCCGCGUCACCGGGAGGUUAGACCGGCCCACGAUGGACGUCAUCAAGAGGCCUCGCUGUGGAGUUCCCGACGUGGCAAACUAUCGCCUCUUCCCAGGUGAACCCAAAUGGAAAAAAAAUACUUUGACAUACAGAAUCUCCAAAUACACGCCCUCCAUGACCUCCGCGGAGGUGGACAGGGCGGUAGAGAUGGCCUUGCAGACCUGGAGCAGUGCGGUGCCGCUGAGCUUCGCCAGGGUGAACGCGGGAGAGGCCGAUAUUAUGAUAUCAUUUGAAACUGGAGAUCACGGGGACUCCUAUCCAUUCGACGGCCCUCGAGGGACUCUCGCCCACGCAUUUGCACCUGGGGAAGGCCUGGGAGGCGACACCCAUUUCGACAAUGCUGAGAAGUGGACUAUGGGAAUGAAUGGUUUCAAUUUAUUCACCGUUGCUGCCCACGAAUUCGGCCACGCGCUGGGCCUGGCCCAUUCCACAGACCCAUCAGCACUGAUGUACCCAACGUAUAAGUACCAGCAUCCCUAUGGAUUCCACCUGCCCAAGGAUGACGUGAAAGGGAUCCAGGCCUUGUACGGACCCCGGAAAACAUUCCUGGGAAAGCCCACGGUGCCCCACGCACCGCCUCAAAAUCCAUCCAAGCCGGACCUCUGUGACUCCAGCUCCCCCUUCGAUGCCGUGACCAUGCUGGGGAAGGAGCUGCUGCUCUUCCGGGACCGGUAA